AUGCGACUCCAGCCCUGCUUGUACCGCGGCAGUCUUGCCCUCCUGACAUUGUCACUCUUAGGAGCGCAGGUUACCGAGGCAUUUGCAGUCUCGCGCGAAGCCGACUCUCAUUCGCAAAACCCCCGCGUCCGAGAGAGUCUAAAUGCAGAUUGGCGAUUCUCGCAUUCAAAGACAAUCCCGGAUAACAUUGUCUAUGACCUUCGUCCUGGCGCAAACGAUACAAGUCUGGUAGUUCUUAAGCCCUGGAUCCUCCCAUCAGGCAAUGACUAUAUCAAAAAUCCAGAAGAUAAGCACAAGCGCCCUUCUCAUGAGCCAGCUAUCGACAUCCCCUUUGUGGAUGCCGAGUUUGACGACAGCGACUGGGAGCCAGUCCGCCUGCCACAUGAUUGGGCGAUCAAAGGACCGUUUUAUACCGGAGAGAACCCUGAGAUAUCGGGCAGUAUGGGACGCUUGCCUGUGCAGGGUGUGGGAUGGUAUCGUCGAAAGCUAAGAAUAUCCUCAUCCGAUCUAGAGAAAACGGUCUUUCUUGAGAUUGAUGGUGCCAUGGCAUAUCCGAUGGUCUGGCUCAAUGGCCACUUGGUCGGUGGCUGGCCUUAUGGAUAUAACUCGUUUCAGCUGGAUCUUACGCGAUAUCUGGAAAAGGGAGAGAAUCAGCUUGCUAUCCGCGUUGAGAAUCCUUCAGGUGCUUCCUCGCGGUGGUAUCCUGGCGCUGGGAUUUAUCGCAAUGUGUGGCUGACGACAGUCAAUCCUACUCAUGUGGCACACUCGGGUACAAAAGUGACAACGAGGGAUAUCUCGCCGAAAAAAGCUACUGUUGAUUUUCAAGUUCAGGUCGCGAACAGCCUAACGAGAAGUGAGAGAGUUGAAGUCGUUUCGGUUAUCUUUGAGAUUGGCAAGAAUGGUCGUCGCGGUCGCAAAAUCCAACAGUUCCCUCGACACAGUAUUCGAGUAGGCGCGGACAGCAAAGCGCCUGUAUCUGUUUCAACAACUGUCAGAAAUCCAAAGUUAUGGGGUCCACCACCGAGCCAAUCCCCAGAAUUGUAUGUUAUACUCACGCAACUAUAUUCUGGAAGGCGCCUGCUUGAUACCUACGAGACCAAAUUUGGAAUCCGUUCCCUAGAUUUCGACCCUGACACCGGAUUGUCAGUCAAUGGCAUUCCCCUACGGAUCCAAGGCGUCAACCAGCAUCAUGAUCUUGGUGCACUUGGUGCUGCGUUCAAUAAACGAGCAGCCCAGCGACAAUUAGACACGCUCCGGGACCUCGGCGUCAACGCGAUCAGAAUGGCGCAUAACCCACCCGCACCCGAGCUCCUCGAGAUGACCGAUCAAAUGGGAUUCUUAGUCGUCGACGAGAUAUUCGACUCAUGGGUAAUGCCAAAGACAGAAUCCGACUUUCAUCUGAUAUUCCCAGACUGGCGCGAGCCGGAUCUCCGAUCCUUUAUGCGACGUGAUCGGAAUCACCCCUCGGUUAUCGUCUGGAGCUAUGGGAAUGAGAAUGCAGAGCAGGAGAGCUACGAUGCCUGGACAGCCGAGAUUGCUACUUACCUUCGAGAGAUCCUCGUCCAGGAAGACAUGACCCGUCCAUCCACAGGCUCGAUGCAUCGCUCGACUCCGACUAGCCUGUACACGGAUGUAGUAGGCAUUAUAUGCCUCAAUUACCAAGGCGAAGGCACGCGCUAUGGACCAGCAUACGCACAUCUGGACGGAAACCGCAAGCCACCACAAUAUUCAGGGUUCCACGAGGCACAUCCCGAUAAAGUCAUCAUUGGUAGCGAAGUGGCAUGGUCGCUCAGUAGCCGUGGCUCUUUCUUAUUCCCUGUCACGAACUAUACGAGCGCACCGGUCAACGACACAUCCGGUGGGAACUCAACGUCCCUGGAGAUCUCUGCCUAUGAGCUAUACUCUGCCGACGCUGGCUCGUCCCCAGACAGAGUCUUCUCAACGCAGGAUGAACACCCUUUUGUGGCCGGGGGAUUUGUCUGGGCGGGUUGGGAUUACCUGGGUGAGCCGUAUCCGUACGGUGAAGCUCGAAGUGCGUACUCCGGUAUCAUUGAUCUUGCUGGGUUCAAGAAGGAGAGGUUCUUUCUCUACCAGUCGCGUUGGCGGCCGGAUUUCCCAAUGGCCCAUAUCUUGCCACACUGGACGUGGCCUUGUCGGGUUGGGAAGGUAACGCCGGUCCAUGUGUUUACCUCUGGCGAUGAGGCCGAGCUCUUCCUUAACGGUGUUUCUCAAGGAAGGAUCAAGAAGCAGCCAUUGACCUACCGUCUCAAAUGGGACCAUGUCAUCUACAAACCCGGCGAAUUACACGUCGUCACCUACAAAGAUGGCCGAAAAUGGGCGACAGACACCGUUCGUACAGUGGGCAAAGCGACAGGUCUUCGCGGUACAGCGGAUAGGAAUAAGAUCGAGUCGGAUGGCGAGGACCUCUCCUUUGUGUCUGUGGAAGUCAUCGAUGCUAAGGGACGCACGGUUCCAGAAGCAGACAGCCUCGUCCGUUUCUCGGUGUCCGGACCAGGGGAGAUCGUGGCAACCGAUAAUGGGUUUCAAUCUGAUUUCACCCCGUUCCCGUCCCAUGAUCGGAAGGUUUUUAAUGGUCUUGCUCUUUGCAUUGUUCGGGCUAAGGUGGGUGCGUCGGGAAGAAUCACGGUCAAGGCUGAGAGCGAGGGUCUCAAUGGGGCCGAAGUUAUCCUUGAAACACGCUAG